GGUCCCUGACCCCGUGUCUGUGUUACAGGGCGAACGUGACGGUCACGGACCUCGAGGAGCUGCAGGAGCUGCUGAUGGUGAAUAUAGAGAACAACAAGCACCUGGUCACAGGGUCAGUCCGAGCCAAGGUACUGAAAUGGGGAGAAGAUGUAACAGAAUUUCAGCCUCCCCCUGAUUAUAUACUCAUGGCUGAUUGCAUUUACUAUGAGGAGUCGUUGGAGCCGUUGCUGAAGACGCUGAAGGACCUCACUGGCCCUGACACGUGUGUCUUGUGCUGCUACGAGCAAAGAACCAUGGGGAAGAACCCUGAAAUCGAGAGAAAAUACUUUGAACUGCUUCAGAUGGACUUCGAGCUGGAAAAAAUUCCCCUGGAUAAGCACGACGAGGAGUAUCGCAGCGAAGACAUCCACAUCAUGAACAUCCACAGGAGGCAAACGAAUUUUCCAUCGUGAGGCCUUUGACCGCAGGAUGUGUCCCUCUGGCCAGAGCUCUGGAGAAGAGGGAGAAGGGGGUAGGAUAACACCACAGAGGGACUGUCUCCGGUGUGGUUGGUGACUCAUCCACACCAAACAGCUUCUCCCUGGUGGACUUGGCACGAGGCACCAGGGGUGGGCUCAGCAGCUGAGAUCUCCUGCAGGACAGAUGUGGGCUGGCCAUGCCUGUGGGCUGAGGAAGGCAGGAAAUGGGACUGGAGCUUCACCUGGAGCAGCCCAGGAUGUGUGUUCUGGUACCUCUGCUGGGCUUGUUGGGGCAGCGCUGCCGAGUGCUGGCCGAGCAGAUCCGAGGACACCACACCCAAAACUGGGCCAGGCAAUAAAACUUCUGCACCCGGGAUGGGUCUC